UGCGCACCGGACCGGCUCUGCUGUCGGUGCGUAAAUUCACGGAGAAACAUGAGUGGAUAACAACAGAAAACGGUAUUGGAACAGUGGGAAUCAGCAAUUUUGCACAGGAAGCUUUGGGAGAUGUUGUUUAUUGUAGUCUGCCUGAAGUUGGGACAAAACUGAACAAACAAGAUGAGUUUGGUGCUUUGGAAAGUGUAAAAGCUGCUAGUGAACUCUAUUCUCCUCUGUCAGGAGAAGUAACUGAAAUUAAUGAAGCUCUUGCAGAAAAUCCAGGACUUGUCAACAAAUCUUGUUAUGAAGAUGGUUGGCUGAUCAAGAUGACACUGAGUAACCCUUCAGAACUAGAUGAACUAAUGAGUGAAGAUGCGUAUGAGAAAUACGUAAAGUCUAUUGAAGAGUAAAAGUAGAACCCUUAAAUAAAGUAGUGUAAAGCAACUUAAUCCAGGCAUAGUUGUCUUAAAUUAGUGGUUGAUAGAAGACUGAAACGGCAACUUUUAGCAAUACCAGUGGGAAAAGAAACGACUCUGAACACCACUACUGGAAAGAAAAACCCCUUAACUUUCUAAUGAUCAUAUUUUUAAUAAACACAAAAUGUAUCUUUUUCACAAUAUUCUAUGAUUCUUAGUCUAUGAGCACAAGUAUUUGGAAUUCAUGAAAUUAUCUGUGAUUAAAAACUAGUUAUAAAAAUGA